AGGAAGAGGAGGAGAAGAAGAAGAGGAGGAGAAGAAGAAAACAAAACAAAAAAAAACCUCGGCGUUUGAUGGUUUACUAUCAGCUCCGCAGGCUGAUCUGCUUUAAGGGACUGAAAGACAUCCAUCUGUCGAGCCGUGGCUUGCAGUUCUUCUCACAGGCAGACGUAGACAUUGUGUGUGAUUGUCCCACCUGGACAGCCAUGCCUCGGCCACAGACCAAAAGGCAGAAGACCUCAAACUAUUCAGCAGCCAAGGCGGUGGACAAGACCAAAUUAGUUCAGAGACGUGAUGAAGACUUCCUGAGUGUGAUCGAACAAAAGCGACUGACUACAGCGCCAUCUAUAGUCAGCUUUAAUUUCCAGAUGAAGCGUGUGAGGGUUCUGUCCUCCUGCGAGGAAUUCCUAGACGAGCACAGCGGCGUCCUCUACUGGAUGUCCAGGGACCAGAGAGUCCAAGAUAACUGGGCAUUACUCUUUGCCCAGAAGCUUGCUUUGAGGAUGGCUACUCCCCUACAUGUGUGUUUCUGUCUUGUGCCGCGAUUCCUGGAGGCAACCAUAAGACACUAUGGCUUCAUGCUCAAGGGUCUACAGGAGGUACAACAGGAGUGUCAGAAGCUGGACAUCAGUUUCCACCUGCUGAUGGGUUAUGCACAGGACGUGCUGCCACGCUUCAUCAUGGACUGUGGUAUAGGUGGCGUUGUCACUGACUUUUGUCCUCUCAGGUUGCCCACCCAGUGGGUCAGUGACAUGAGAGAUGAGCUGCCCGAGGAUGUGCCUUUCUUUCAGGUCGAUGCUCACAAUGUUGUGCCAUGUUGGGAGGCUUCUUCGAAACUGGAGUAUGGUGCCAGGACCAUCAGGAAGAAAAUAACGGACCAGUUGUCUACUUAUCUCACAGAAUUCCCGCCAGUAAUCCAGCAUCCACAUCCCUCUAAAACCAAACCUCAGCCAAUAGAUUGGCAGUCUGUACAUGCCAGCCUAGAAGUAGAUCGCUCUGUGGGCGAGGUGGACUGGGCCACACCAGGCACCACGGGUGGUCUCCGAAACCUGGAAUCCUUCAUUAAAUACAGACUGAAAUCCUUCAGUACAUCCAGAAGUGAUCCCAACAAGAGUGCUCUCAGUAAUAUGUCACCUUGGUACCAUUUUGGCCAGGUUUCAGUCCAGAGAGCCAUGCUGCAGGUGAAGGAGCUCAGUGGCAAAUACAGCGACUCUGUUGCAGCCUAUAUAGAGGAGGGCAUCAUACGCCGGGAGCUUGCUGAUAACUUUUGCUACUAUAAUGACAACUACGAUAAUGUUGGUGGAGCAUGGGAGUGGGCCAGGAAGACUCUGGAUGAGCACAGGAAGGAUCAGAGAGAGUACGUGUACACAAGGGUCCAGCUGGAGGAGGCUCAAACACACGACCAUCUGUGGAACGCCGCCCAGAUCCAGAUGGUCCGUGAAGGAAAGAUGCAUGGCUUUCUGAGGAUGUACUGGGCCAAGAAAAUCCUAGAGUGGACAGAGUCGCCAGAACAGGCUCUGGAGUUUGCCAUAUACCUAAACGACAGGUACCAGCUGGAUGGCAGAGACCCAAAUGGUUAUGUGGGUUGUAUGUGGUCGAUCUGUGGGAUCCAUGAUCAGGGUUGGGCAGAACGAGCCAUUUUCGGGAAAAUCCGUUACAUGAACUACAAUGGCUGCAAGCGCAAGUUUGAUGUUCCGGCCUUUGUUGAAAAGUGCGAGGUCGCUCCAGGUCUGAACACCACUGGCAAAAAAUAGCUUUUCAGAUGGAAGUGGAUGACAUUUUCAUGUGUCUAAUAAAUUUGGAAGGUGGAAUUGCCUUUGG